AAAUGAGAAGUCUGUGUUGAAGGACUAAAUGAUCAGUCCUUAUUUCCUCUGAGACACUCAAGACUGAUGAACUAUUGAACAGGAGCCGCUUGGAGAUGUUUGCGCUCCUGCUCGUCUGUGGGAUCCUGCUCGCUCAAGCUCAGGGUUGGUCUGAGCCACGGAUCAGACUGAGCUCUGGAGCUCCGGUUGGCACCGAUGUGAUUCUCGAAUCUAGUUUUCCUCUUCAUUUGAUCUGUGAAGGUGACGGUCCGGUUACAUGGCUUAUCCGACUGGCCAAACAUAGACGUUACAUCUCCAAGGAAGUUGGAAACAUCCGGAGUUUCCGUGUGGAAAAAGCAACGGCGGAUUUUACAGGAACUUACAAGUGCGUCUAUAUGAACGGAAAUGAGUCAUCUUCAGUUCAUGUCUUUGUCAGGGAUCCUCGAGUUCUCUUCGUCUCACCCAGUACGUCUCUGCGUUAUGUGCUGAAAGAAGGUGAAGAUCUGACACUACCGUGUCUUUUGACUGACCCCGAUGCCACAGACUUUAACUUCCGCAUGGAGAACGGCUCAGCGGUGCCUUACGGCAUGGACGUGACCUUUGACCCCAAAAAGGGCGUCCUGAUUCGCAACGUUCAGCCUGGAUUUAAUGCCGACUACGUUUGCAGCGCUAGAAUCAGAGGGGUUGAGAAAAUGUCGAAGACAUUCUCGAUAAACGUCAUGCAACGGUUACGUUUUCCACCGUACGUGUUUCUGAAGAGAAGCGAGUAUGUCAGACUGGUGGGAGAGAAAUUUCAGAUCAGCUGCACCACAAACAACCCCAACUUUUACUACAAUGUCACAUGGACACACUCCUCUAGAACGCUGCCCAAAGCAGAAGAGAAAUCGACGAUGGAAGGGGAUCGUUUGGCCAUUGAGAGCGUCCUGAUCAUACCGGCUGUCCAGCUGUCUGAUUCGGGUAACAUCACCUGUACGGGUCAGAACGAGGCCGGAGCAAACAGCUCCACUACACAACUGCUGGUCGUAGACGAGCCGUACAUUCGACUCUCCCCGAAGCUCUCAUCUAAACUCACUCACCGUGGUCUGUCCAUCGAGGUGAGGGAAGGCGACGAUGUAGAUCUCAGGGUUUUGAUCGAAGCGUAUCCACCGCUCAUCUCACACCAGUGGGAGACUCCGACAUCCCACAAUGCCUCACUCCCAGAGAACAGGUUUUACACACAUAAUGACAGGUACGAGGCGCUGCUGUUCCUGAAGAGAUUGAACUCCCAGGAAACCGGUCGCUACACACUCCACGCCAAAAGCAGCAUGAGAAAUGCCUCCAUUACUUUUGAUAUUAAAAUGUACACGAAACCUGUAGCGACGGUGAGAUGGGAGAACGUCACCACUCUGUCAUGCAGGUCUUACGGAUAUCCGGCUCCCAGCAUCCUCUGGUACCAGUGCAUGGGAAUCAGAACCACCUGUCCAGAAAACUCCACGGGUCUUCAGCCCAUCCAGACGCAGACGCUUGCAUUCGAUAAGGAGCCGUACGGGUCAGUGGGUGUGGAGAGCGUCCUGACGGUGGGACCGUCCAACCAGAAGAUGACUGUGGUGUGUGUGGCCUUCAACCUGGUCGGACAAGGCAGCGACACCUUCGCCAUGGAUGUCACUGAUCAGCUCUUCACCAGCGCUAUGUGUGGAUCUACAGUGGCGAUGGUGGUUUUAGCGCUGUUGCUCAUCUUUAUGAUCUACAAGUACAAACAGAAACCCAGAUAUGAGAUCCGCUGGAAAAUCAUUGAAGCCACAAACGGAAACAACUACACCUUCAUAGACCCGACACAACUGCCAUACAAUGAGAAAUGGGAGUUUCCUCGAGACAAACUAAAGCUCGGAAAAACUCUGGGAGCAGGAGCCUUUGGGAAGGUGGUGGAGGCCACGGCGUACGGCCUGGGCAAAGAGGACAAUGUCUUACGUGUAGCUGUCAAAAUGCUGAAAGCCAGCGCCCAUCCAGACGAGCGAGAGGCUCUGAUGUCCGAGCUGAAGAUCCUCAGUCAUCUCGGGCAGCACAAGAACAUCGUCAACCUGCUGGGUGCCUGUACACAUGGCGGUCCUGUGCUGGUGAUCACGGAAUACUGUUGUCAUGGUGAUCUUCUGAACUUCCUGCGUAGCAAAGCCGAGAACUUCCUGAACUUCGUCAUGACGAUUCCAAAUCCAGAAAUGGAUUAUAAGAACGUCAACACUGAACGAAUGUUUUUCAGAAGUGACAGUGGGAUUUCCAGCACGUGUUCUGAUCAUUAUUUGGACAUGAGACCUGCCUCAUCCAGACCCACAAACUCAGCUCUGAGCUCUUCUCCGGACUGUGAGGAGGCUGAAGAAUCGUGGCCGCUGGACAUGGACGACUUACUCAGAUUCUCCUAUCAGGUGGCACAGGGACUCGACUUCCUCGCUGCUAAAAAUUGCAUCCACAGAGAUGUGGCGGCCAGAAACGUCCUCCUCACCAACAGCAGAGUGGCCAAGAUCUGUGAUUUCGGUUUGGCGCGAGACAUCAUGAACGACUCCAACUAUGUAGUCAAAGGAAAUGCACGUCUUCCAGUAAAGUGGAUGGCUCCAGAGAGUAUUUUCGACUGCGUUUACACAGUUCAGAGUGAUGUCUGGUCUUACGGGAUCCUGCUGUGGGAGAUUUUCUCAUUGGGUAAGAGCCCGUAUACCAACAUGCUGGUGGACUCCAAGUUUUAUAAAAUGAUCAAAUGUGGCUAUCAGAUGUCCCGACCUGACUUUGCACCUCCAGAAAUGUACACCAUCAUGCAGAUGUGCUGGAACCUGGACGCUGCGGAGAGACCAACGUUCAGUAAGAUCAGUCAGCUGAUCGAUAGGAUGCUGGGAGACACAACUGAUCAGCAGGAGACACAGUACCAAAAUGUCGAGUCCGAUGGGCACGGUGACCAACAACUCGAGUCGUGUGACCCCGUGAAGCAUGAAGAGGAGUCAUUUGAGACAUCGUGUGACCAGGAAGAAGAGGAUCAGCCGCUCAUGAAACCCAACAACUACCAGUUCUGCUGAGGGCCUAACUAACCAACUAACUAACAAAUGCCGGAUCAUCUGUCUGAGCAUCAACAGUAGUUGCGCAAUCCAUCCACAAUCACAUGCGUGUGAACAGAGAUCAGAUCUGUCGUCAAACACGUUUUUACACGCUCUGCUUUUGUAGUUCCGCUCGCUUGAAAUCUCGUAAACAAGAGUUGAAGUGUGUUUAAACGAACCGUUUUCGCUUCUUGGCAAAGUCGAAAACCUCCAAACCUCGGAUUUGUUUGUCGUCCGAUGUGCCUUUCUGAUAAACGUGCGUCUUUUUUGGUUACUUGAACUUCUCUGUUGCCAAGGUUGGAAAGCAGCUUGUUCAGCGUUUUAGAUGCAAACAGUGCAUGUUCCACUUCCACUUUACACUUAAUCUGCGUGUCAGACGUGUUUCUUCCUUUAAAAUCAUAGAAAAACUCACAAGCGCACAUAGCUCUUUUUAUGCAGCUAAAAUAACUGGAAGCGAAUGACUCCGGUAGCCUCGCACAUUCAAGACGACCACAUUCUUAUGUUAAAAAUAGUGUAUACAUCAUAUAAAGCCUACUUUUUGUUUUGUUUUUUUAAUUGUCAGUAUGCUAUAACCUGGCUUUUUGUUGUUGUUUUUUUGUUUUGUUUUUUGCAUUAUAAUUUUGCGUUUUUUAAAUAUAAAGUGUAUACACCAAAUACGGCCUACAAUUUAUUUUUUUUGAAAUUGUUAGUAAAACAGUAUCUAUAACUUGCCAUGUUUGGCAGUUUAUUUAUUUAUUACUUUUUUUGUGUUCUAAUUUAGCAUUUACUUUUUUUUUUUUUUUUUAUUUGCAUUUGCAUUUGCAUUUAUACACCAAAUAUGGCCUACUAUUUUUUUUUUUUUUAAAUAGUGCAACAGUAUACUAUAACUUUUUUUGCUUUUACAUUUUACAAAUGACCAUGAUCUUGUAAAAAAAAAAAAAAAAAAAAAAAGUGUGAGUCAUUACAACAGUAUACCGUAACUUCACAUAUUUAGCAUUUUUACUUUUUGUUUUAAUUUUGCAUUUUCUUUGCAUUUUAAUUUUGCAUUUACAUUCAAAUUUUCCAUUUAUAUUUUAUUUUUUGCAUUUUAGCUUUGCAUUUGCAUUCUAAUUUUGCAUUUUAUUUUAUUGCAUUAGAAUUUUUCCCCAUUUCAAUUCAUUUUGCACUUUAAUUUUGCAUUUUAACUCCCCGUCACACGUAACUCACCUGUAACCGACAUGUCAACACGGGCCGAGUUUGGCGCGGGAUCUCGCUAAUUGCGCGGCUGAAGGUAAUCGGCACCGGUCAGAGGACAGAUAUGAAAUCAUUCUGUCAGUUUGUCUCCUGCUCCAGUUCUUAGUCAAUCCUUGUAAGCAAACACGGCAUUUUAUUGCUUCCCGCAGUGAUUACGGUCAUUUGGAGCGAUAGCGUGAGGUCAGCCCAGGUUUGGAGGACAGAUUCACGUCUCCAACAAGUGAAAUAUUGACAUGCUGUUGGUGCAAUAAUGCUUCGGCUGAUCGUUGUCUUAUUUCUUCAGAUAGCUGAGGGUCAAAGGUUAAAUGUGUUCUCGUUUAUCACUGAAGCCAUAGAAAAAGCGAGGACAUGGACUGCACAGAAACUAUUUCAGGAAGAAAAACUAACCCUUUGCUUUUCCUGUAAUGUAAAAUGAAAGGCAGACAGUUUCAUUUCAUUUUAAUAUGCAUAUUUACACUUGAUUAUUUUGAUAUGCAGAAAGUGUUGUAAGCUGAACGUCACAUUUAGUUUUGAUUGUGUUGAUUUUCCUGUUGUUUGCUGUCAAAUGAAGCAUCAAAAACACUGCCAGAGUAACUCUAGGUUGCUUAAAAUGUGAUUAACCUGAUGUUUUCUUUCUCAAAGCUCAAACUGCCAUGUUAAUAUGUUUCUAUUAUAUCCUUAUUUACAUUUGUUGUUUUGCAACAAUUUUUUUAUGGUUCGAAGUUCAGCUAUGUGGGAUUUAAUCAGUAUAAUGGUGUUCUUUCUCAGUGUUUAUCUGUGUGUUAAUAGUUCUCAUGAGUCUUAUCAUAAUGAGUUCUGCACCUUUGAUAUCUACACAUCUGUAUAUUUUAGCUUUAUCACAGAACUUGCUACCGAAAGCUACUAAUAAACCACGGAAAUGUCUUGUGAUCUCGUUCUUAUCAGUGAAAAUUCAGUUUAUUGGGAGCGACUGUGAGGUCAAUCCGUGUCAAACACAAACUUAUAUUGAGUCCGAACACAUCAUCUGUUAUGAAACAGAUCAAAAUGCAUUAAGAAUAAAUACUUCGACGUGUCAAAGUCUUUCUAUGCAUGAAAAACUAAAAUAAAUACUGUCAGUUUUCCA